UGUACACCGCCAGUCGUAAGCGCUACUCUGACAGACGUCAACUGUACUAUCGUUAUAUCCAUACACAUUCAAAUAACCAGUGUUAUAAAAGAAAAUAUUUUAGUAUUUGAUAUUUAAAAAGUGAUAAUUAUUUAAGCACUGCUAAUUUUUGGAGAAAAAAUGAAGGAAUUAUUCCUGUUGUUAAUUACCUGUGGAGCAGCUUUAUCGAUUAAUACAUGCUGCCCCAACGGAGAACUACUGGAGCGACGAAGCUGCGGCAAUGUCAGCGCACCUCAACUAUUCUGCCCAGAGGGACGUAUGCUGCUCACGGAUAUCAUCCUUAAGGGCAAUAAAGUCUCCACAGUUGAUACACCAGGAUACAUAUUCGUCGAGGAUCCUAAUCAAUAUUGUAUUAGCCAAAUGUAUAGAAACAUCAGCAAUAAGGAGAUGGGGUUGAUGGACGUUGCGCUUGUUUGCUUCGAAAAAGACCGAUACCAAGAAUCUAGUGAUUUCGAAACCAGUGGCACACUGACUCUUAUCUCUGUCGUAUUCUUGUUGGCUACAAUCGCAGUUUACACUUAUCUACCACAAAUGAGAGACCUACAAGGAUUGUGUUACCUUGGCACUUGCAUCAGCAUGUCAUUAGGAUUUCUUUGGCUGGGAAUUCUGCAAUUAAAUCCUGGUUUUAGUACUGAACUUUGUACAGUCGCAGGCUUUCUGGUUUACGCAUGGAUGAUGGCUACAUUUUUCUGGAUGAACAUAAUAAGCAUUAACACGUUCCGAACUGUUUUGGACGCCGCUUAUUUACAGAAGACCGAGAGGAAGCAGUACUUGAUUUAUAGUACUUACGGAUGGGGUUGCCCUGCAGCAUUUCUUAUAAUAGCUCUCAUCACAAAUUUCGCCGAAGGAAACCAUUACAAGCCUGGUUUUGGAGACGGAAACUGCUGGUUCGUUGGCCGGACAGAAACAUGGUUGUUCUUCUAUGGGCCCAUAGCAAUUUUAGUCACCUCGAACAUAAUACUGUUUGUGCUCUCGUCAUAUCUUCUUUGGCAGCAAACAAACAAGUAUGAAGUGAACACAUUGAAUAACUUAAAGCACAGAUUCCGUUUAUCGCUUAAACUGUUUUUGGUAAUGGGGAUAUCUUGGAUCUUCGAAAUUGCAAGUUUUGCACAUGGCGAACAACACAUUAUUUGGAAAAUCAUGGACACAUUCAAUUGUCUACAAGGUGUCAUUAUAUUUUUGCUGUUAGUUGUGUUCAGAAGGCGCGCAAUGCGCGGUCUAGCCAGCGAACACUGCUGCUUGCCCAUCACACGGCCGCUAGCAGAGAAAUUGAGUCCACACGAUGACACCGACGAUCAAGAGAUAUUGGCCGACGAGACGAUAGAAGUUAAACUCAACUGAAUCCAUCCAUUAAUCUUGUGAAUACUCUAAAUAGUUACUUCAAUAAUUACGAUCAUGUCUUGAUUGUUAAAGCGAGACAGUGUUAUGCUCAAUAUCUUAGUAUUCAGUAUUCAAUAUGCCCAGUAUUCAAUUUAAACAGUUGAUUACUUUGCAUUGAAAUUUUUGUGAUGAAGUUGAUAGUUAUAAUAUAGUCUACAAUAGUGCCGAAUUUAAUUAUGUAAGUAAAAUUCGUGUUCUGAUAUUAACAUAAAAUUGAUUUUCAAACUUUUUUCAUUGGCUAAAACUUUCUCGCUCUAGCAAUUAUUUAUAUGCGGGUGAAAGAGAUAAAGUUGUAAGAAAACGGGAGAAAAUGUGAAAAACGUAAUUUCACUCGAUUUGAUACUAUAUUUAUUUUGUACUUAGAAACAAAAUUAUAUAAUAAGAAUCUCAAAAAGAUAGGUAAAUUUUAAUGCAUUUAUUUUAAUUGGAUAAAUAUGUUUAAUUAUAGAAAACUUUACUUUGGAAUACCCGAAUAGUUUCUCAAUGAAAUUGUAUAUAUAAUUAAAAUUUAAACAUUGCUAGAUACAAAUAGCAUAUAGCAUAUUAAGAAAUCAUUGCAUAUUUAUCUUUUUCUUUAUUUCAGGGCAAUCGUCAAUUAAAAUUUAUUUUUAUCUUGUUAGAUAAAUUUACCAUCUUAAGGUAAAUUAAAUCAACUCAAGUUUUGUUUUAUUUUUAUUUGUAUUUGUAUUUGGGAAUGUUAUGAGUGCAUGUAUAUUAUACUGGUUUUAUAAUAUAAAACAUAAUAUUUCAUUGUAAAUCAAACUUGUGCCAUAUUAUAUUAGUAAUAAUUGUGUAAAAUAACCACCAUUUAAUAAGGACCAGCAUAAAAUAUAUUUUUGUAGUCCUACAAUAUUAUAUUAAAAACAAAUGUUUUGGUUUUCAAAAUAUAACAGAACAUUGUAGAUACAUAUUAUUUAAGUAAAUACCGAAAUUAUGGAGAUUCUUUGCACAUACAAGGGGUAGUGUUUUCAAUUCUAAAUGCAUCUCUUAUUUUUAGAAGAUCUAGAUUUUAAAGCAUACAUCU